AUGGAGAAGUUGUACCUGGCGGGGAGCAGCCUGUGGACCAUCAACGGCUCUCUGGGGAACGGCAGCCUCCGCCUGGAGAACCGGAGCUCCUCAGGCAGGAACAGCACCACCGACCCCCUGAAAAGGAACGAGGACAUGGCUAAAGUGGAGGUGACCGUCCUCUGCCUCAUCCUCUUCCUCGCCCUGACCGGCAACCUGUGCGUGCUGCUGGCCAUCCACACCAGCCGCCAGAAGCACUCCCGCAUGUACUUCUUCAUGAAGCACCUCAGCAUCGCUGACCUGGUGGUGGCCAUCUUCCAGGUCCUGCCCCAGCUCAUCUGGGACAUCACCUUCAGGUUCUACGGCCCGGACUUCCUCUGCCGGCUGAUCAAGUACCUGCAGGUGGUGGGGAUGUUCGCCUCCACCUACAUGCUCCUGCUGAUGUCCCUGGACCGCUGCCUGGCCAUCUGCCAGCCUCUGAGGUCGCUGCACCGGAGGGCCGACCGCAUCUCGGUGCUGCUCACCUGGCUGCUGUGCCUGCUGGCCAGCAUCCCCCAGAUCCACAUCUUCUCCCUGCGGGAUGUGGGCAAUGGGGUCUACGACUGCUGGGCGGACUUCAUCCAGCCCUGGGGGCCCAAAGCCUACGUCACCUGGAUCACCCUCAUGGUCUACAUCAUCCCCGUGCUGAUGCUGAGCAUCUGCUACGGCUUGAUCAGCUUCAAGAUCUGGCAGAACGUGAAGCUGAAGACGGCGCCGGGGCCCAGCCCUGGUGCGGCGCUGAGCCCUGGUGCCCGUGGCAGGCAGGCCUCUGCCAGGGGCCCCUGCGGUGGGCAGGCCUUUGCCAGGGUCAGCAGCACCAGGCUCAUCUCCAAAGCCAAGAUCCGCACAGUCAAGAUGACCUUCAUCAUAGUGCUGGCCUUCAUAGUCUGCUGGACCCCCUUCUUCUUUGUGCAGAUGUGGUCUGUCUGGGACACCAAUGCUCCACAGGAAGCCUCCCCGUUCAUCAUUGCCAUGCUGCUGGCCAGCCUGAACAGCUGCUGCAACCCCUGGAUCUAUAUGCUCUACACCGGGCACCUCUUCCACGACCUGAUGCGGCGCCUGCUCUGCUGCUCCCGGCGCUGCCUCAAGUCUCGCCCCGCCUGCCACCUGCCCGUGGCCAGGAAGAGCAACUCCUCCUCCUUCGUCCUCAGCUGCAAGAGCACCAGCCAGAGGAGCUUCGUGCAGCCCUCCACCACCUGA